UCGCCCGCCUCCUCGCAUUUUAGUUCCAUCGCAAUUGUGACGCACGAUCUACGUCCGUUCGCCGCGCGAUAAAUCUAAAUAUAUCAACGAGUGUUAAUUUAAAGAUUACAAAAUGUACAAUCCAAAGUCUCCUUCAUCCAAAAGUUACUACGCUCUCAUGGAAAAACUUAUACAAGAAGUGAAAUCGCGACCGGUGUUGUGGGACAAAUCUCAAAAACGCUGUCACAGAAACAAGAUUGCCAGAGAAUGGGUCAAAAUAGGAGAAAUAUUAAAGAAAGACCCUUUAGACAUGAAAUCCAAAUGGCGUAAUGUAAAAGACACAUUCCACAGAGAAGCGAAGAAAAUGAAAAUACCACCACCAGAAAAGAGGGAUCAACCUAUAAUUGAAUAUUACGAAGGACAGUGGUUACAUUUCGAGAAUCUCCUUUUUCUCUGGGACGAGGUGAAGUUUGGGAAUCAGGGUGGCGAAACUGAUAAAAGCAAACGACAGGAUUUUGUUUCGAUAGAAAUUACCGAGGAUAAACUUAAGAAAAAUAUUAUCAUGAAACAUGAAAUCACUGAUAGUGAAAAUGACACAGAUGGGAAUAACGAAUCAGAAUAUCAAGACCAAGACUCGGACACUGAAGACAUACCUAUACAGGAUUUGUUCAACAAGGACACCCUGGAUGCCCUAGAUCCUAUAGGCCGUAAUUCUGAAGGUAGCAGGAAAAGGUUAGCUGGUAAUGAUGAUACUGAAACACCCACACCCAAAAGGAAACACUGUAUAGAUUCUAACAAAAACGAUUCAGACAUUGAUGAAGAUUUGCACUUUGCGAAGUCUCUAGUACCAUUCCUGAGAAAAUUGAACCCAAUAAAAAAGUUAAUAAUAAGAAACGAAAUACAUAGUUUACUAUUGAACGAGUUGUUGUGUAAUCGUUGUAAAUCUGGCGAAGGACCUCUACCAAAUUGUAAAUGUAAUUUUAAAUAAACAUUCUAUAAUAACUUGUUAUAAUUUUGGUGUUUGUCGUGUUAUCC